AUGCAGGCUCAGUAUAAUCAAUGCAUCGAACAAAACAUUCCUGUUGUGUUACCGCAAUGGCUUGAUGAUUGUUUUCGGCUGAAGAAACGAUUAGAUACGAAGCUCUAUCAGUACCCAGAUCCCAUCGUCUUCUAUGAAACCAACCCAACACCCGCCAAAUUAUAUCCAUAUCAUGACCUCGCCAUGAUAUCUUCUGGUGGGGACCACAAUAGGGUAUUCGAAGACGAAGUACUUUAUUUCGGACAUGAUUUAAAUAUAAAGGAAGAUUUUAAAGUCGCAUUAACUGAAGCCAUUGCGAGAGCAGGUGGCACGGUUGUAGACCAAUACAAUUAUCAGAAGGUGACAAUCGUUAUAUUAAAGGAUCGAGGUACACAGGAAUUCAGAAUGGUCUCAAAAGACGCAAAGUUAGUUGCAAGUUUAUGGUGGCUUACAAACACAUUGUUAAGAGGUUACUGUAAUUCACCGUUAUGUACUUUACUGGAUUAUCCAACGCCACCAGGAGGAAUGCCAGAGAUGAAUGAUUGUGUCAUAACUAUCGCAGGGUAUGGAAAUGUUACUAGAUUUUAUCUACGUCGCCUCGUAACUGCAUUAGGAGCGAAAUAUGACCCGGCCUUAAAUUCAGAAACAACACAUCUGAUAUGUGGAAGAAUGAUAAGCGAUAAAUAUUCAAAAGCUGUCAGUUUGCCUAAUGUCACUAUUGUAAAUCAUCUUUGGUUAGAAGAAUGCUAUCAACAAUGGAAAAUCAUGGAUCCCAAUGCAGAUCGUCGAUACAGAUUUAUACCUAAUCAAAAGCCAAUAUUAGAUGCGACGGCUGCGCGUACCCAUUUGUUGAUAAUUGAAUUAGAGCGUUGGAUAGACCCAAGGACGAUGCCUGAACAUACCGUAUCAAGAGCUCGUCAGGUGAUAUCAAAAAAUGAUAUUCAAGGUUCGGUACAUGUUAGGAAGCGUCGUGAGGCUGCUAUACAGGCUACACGUCUACUGAAUGACAUUGUAAUUCCAGAUGCAAAUGCAUAUGAAAAGGAAGCAAAAAGAAAGAGGUCCCAUUAA